AUGGCGGGCUGGUGGCGGGCGCUGUCACGCGCAGCCCAGCGCUACCCGUGGCCCACGAACGUGAUGCUCUACGGCGCGCUCUUUUCUGCCGGCGACGCGCUGCAGCAGCGGCUGAGCGGCGGCCCGGCCGACUGGCGGCAGACGCGGUGCGUGGCCACCGUGGCCGUGGCCUUUCACGCGAACUUCAACUACGUGUGGCUCCGUCUGCUGGAGCGCGCGCUGCCAGGCCGCACGCCGCGCACCAUCCUGGCCAAGGUGCUGUGCGACCAAGCGGUCGCCGCGCCCGUGGCCGUCUCGGCCUUCUACACCGGUAUGAGUAUUCUCCAGGGAAAGGAUGACAUAUUUUUGGACCUGAAACAGAAAUUCUGGAAUACGUAUAAGACUGGUCUGAUGUACUGGCCGUUUGUACAGCUGACCAACUUUAGCCUUGUUCCUAUUCAGUGGAGAACAGCUUACACUGGACUCUAUGGUUUUCUGUGGGCCAUCUUCCUUUGCUAUUCACAACAGAGUGGCGAUGGCACACUGACGUCAGCUUUCACCUUCCUUCACCGAAAGGAGGCCAACCCAGCUGAAAGGCCCCCACAGAAAUGAGAA